AUGACGCCAUCUAUAUUUGGCCGUCGGCGCCGCUCAACCACUCCCUCCGUGAAUUCGGAGAACGCUACCACCGGGACCGAAAUCACUCAAAUAACCCGCGAUAGCAAGCGCGAAGUCCCAGUCACCUUCAGCGUCUUCUACGGCAAACCAGACCUGACCCAUCAAGAGCUCAAACACGCCACCUUUGCGGACAACGCGACCAUACAUAAGGAGUUCUUUGAAAGCUGUGCCAGGGCUCCGCUGACGCAGGAGGGGAAGUGGGGGGGAAAGGGGAAAGGGAGGAGUGCUGUCCGUCUCUACCAGAAGGCGGAGAGCGAGUUGCCACAGUUCCAAGAGUUGGCAUAUUUGGCUGCGCGUUUUAAUGACGAGAUUUUGGGGCUUUGUGGGAGAGCCUGUGCGGGGUGUGGCGAUGGUGCUGGUGGAGUGGGCGCUCUGGUGUAUCGUCCGCUGUGUUGUUCGGUGGCUGGUUAUGAGAUGUUGAAGGAUGGGAAGUGGAUGCGUGGACUAAUGAUGGCUGUUGCGCAUCUGGUGCACGACCUUGAUACGAACGAGAAGAUUAUGAAGGCUAUUGGGAUUGUUGAGAGGGAUGGAGAGGUGGAUAAGGAAGAGCUAAACACAUAUGUGAAUGUGCUGGCGGUACCUAUAUGCGAACCGGAUGGGGAGUGCCAGCAGCUUGUGGAGAAAUCUAUUGAUUCAUUUAUCCAGGGGAUUCUCAAGGGGCUGGAAGGCGAUGGGAAGCGGUCCACAUCUAGGAUCUCUUCUAGAGAAUCCAUUUCAAAAGGCGUCUUGAGUGGCAGAAUCAUGCGUCAGGGUGAGAGCGAUAACAAUAGAUGCGAUGAUAGCGAGGAUGAGCAGAUCUCCCUUAAGCAAAGCAACAGAAUCUUAUCAGACCGCCACAUGAGCCUGGAGAGCAUGCAAUCUGUUCGUCUUGUUGUCUUCUGUGGGGUCCCCAUCGUCGACCCUAACGAAAUACCUCGUCCAAAACGCUUAUCCAUGUUCAUAUUCACCUCAAGCUGGCCAAUGGACAUGCUUAUUGUCUACGGCACGGGCACGGGCACCAGCACAGCCAGCCAACUCCACUACGAAAACUACCAACGCAUUGCAGCAUUUCACGAAAGAAGCAUCCUUGAAGCGACAGAUACUCGCUGCGCCACCUGUCCCGGUAAUCCGGCAAGAGCAACAACCCUCUUUCACUGUCCCAUUUCCUUUAAACACGACAGUAGCAGCACCAGCCCCUGUUCGAAAAUCAUUCGUGAUAUCGUCAUGAGGCUGGCCCGGUUCGUAGGUGGUGAAUGGAAGUAUCCAGAGACAGCUGCCGCCCUGGGACUGGAUGGGUUAUGCCACAUCAAUGACUUCGUCGUUCCUAUCUGCCAGAGCGGGUCUGUAUGCGAAGAGACGGCAUUAGUUGCGACGCAGGUGUUUCUGCAUAUAUACCUUCCAGAAGGGGUUAUACCAAUAUAUCCGGACCUAUAUCCAACAACGGACUUUGCAGGAUUGUGGAAAAAGGAGAAGGCAGGGAAGAAUCCGAAGCUUGAGGUAAAGAUGCUAGGGAUGGGAUCAAUGAGUGACGCAGGUAACAAGAUUCAUGAUGAUUACUAUGAUGAGAGUGAUGUGAUCGCCGAUGGGGAGACCAAAUCACCUCCUCCCACCCCAUUAGAUGAUUAUGAGGACGUCCUAAACGUCCUCAUCCCCAGCAAACCCAGGACUGGGAGCUGGAUGUCGCCCAUGACCAUUCAAGAUUUCCGCGUCGCUAUUGGAAACGGCGCAACGUGGGACCAGCUUAAGGAGCUUUGUUUUGAAAGGACGAGGAUUGUAGUAGAUUUCCGGCCGCCCAUUACGUCGAAGUUGGCGAUAAUGCCGACAACAUCACCCAUCACUGCUACGACUCCAUCGUCUGAGAGGCUCUCAGGAGGACUCUUCUCCAGUUUUGGACCUAGCAGCCCCACGGCGGCUUCACUGUCAUCUCCAGGUCUGUGUUCUCGGGACGACGAUGAUUACCUCACUAUGAAGAGAAUGUGA